AUGCUUGUCCGAGGUGUAGCGUCGCCGGAGGAAAUUGAGCAAAUUGUACGAGACGCUAAGCAGAGAUUUCGAGAUACUUUACCAAAAGGAUAUCUUAAUGACGAAGAAUAUGCGGUUUACGAACGGCUAUACGGUGCACCGCUGCGUGAGACGAGACCUGAGGAUGUCGGUAUCCCAGAACAUGCAGACAUGGGACCACAGUCCUCACGACCAGAUAACGAAGGCAUUCUAUUAAGGGAACUUGAGGGUGGCGAAUUUGAAGAGGUCACUUAUGAAAUUCCUCUGAAUGAGGGUGUCGAAGACAUCAUCGAACCAACUCCGGAACCUGACUUGGAGGACCGCGCAGUCGACCAAAUUGUGCCAGGCUAUGUGGAUUUAGUUGCCAGAAGCCAGCGAGAAUAUGAUGCACUACAGAAGCUUUCAGAGGACUUCAAGGUCGCGCAGCAGAAGCAACAAGAGGCCGAAGAUGAGGCAGCGGCCCAGGAAGAGUUGGAAACGGAGCAACAGGAGGAAGAUACGAAAGCGACAUGGCCUGAGGAGUAUGAACCUGGUGAGCGACCCUCUGGCGAGGAGGCACGAUUUCACCCUUUGACUCUGGAGGGUCGCUUCUGGGGAAGCCCCAUUGAGAUCCUCUUGCCAAAGGACGAAAUGAUCAUGCCGAUUCGUGAUCUUCUACAGCGAACUCACAUCGAUCACGUCAAGAGUGCCGCUGAAACUGCGUUUGGUGGUCCAGGUCUUCCUCUGUCUCCUGCGACACCUGAGGCUAAGAGAAAUGGAAAUAUGUUUGGUGUUGGCCUUCCAGCAGAUCAGCGACAUAUGACUGAGAUUGAAGGUGAUGCUUUUCUUGCAGGCUUCAUGCCGCCAGCCUAUGCUUCAAUAAUGGCUAUCCUCAAAGAAGUUCGCAAGCGAGUCGGAAGCGAGUGGCUUCAGUCUAAGCUUAAAGAUGGCAGUGGUGUAAGCGUUCUCGAUGCAGGAUCUGGAGGCGCAGGCUUGAUUGCCUGGGACGAGCUUGUGCGGGCAGAAUGGGAUCUACUGAAGGAAAAGGGUGAAGUUAAGGGAGACGACCCCCCAGGCAAGCGGACAGUCAUUAUUGGCUCUGAUCGUUUACGACACCGUACCAAGACUUUCCUGGAAAAUACUACUUUCCUUCCUCGGCUUCCCGACUACGAGCACUCGGGAGAGAUGAAAGGUGAGCAUCUAGAUGCGGGUAGCAAGCCCCAACCCCGCAAGAGUUACGAUGUUAUUAUCGCCUCUCAUCUCUUUCUGAAGGAGGAACAGGACCACUACCGACAGGCAGUCCUUAACAAACUCUGGUCUUUACUGAACAAAGAUGGCGGUGUUCUGAUUGUCCUAGAGAAGGCUCAUCCUCGAGGAUUUGAGGCUGUCGCUCAUGUUCGAGAUACCGUUCUUCGGCAGUUCCUUUUGCCUCAAUCCGGAGAGCCAGAGCUCGAUAGUGAAGGGUUCAACCCUGCCUACGAACGCGAAAAGGAGCUUGGAUAUGUUGUUGCCCCUUGUACUAACCAGGGACUGUGCCCGAUGUAUCAGACACCUGGCAAGAGCAAAGGCCGCAAGGAUUACUGCCACUUCAGUCAGAGAUUUGUCCGUCCUGCGUUCUAUUCUCGAAUGCUUGGAAACAGCACGAGGAAUCAGGGCGAAGUCGAGUUUAGCUAUGUUGCCUUCAGACGUGGUGUCGCUAAGGAGCGGUCUAUAAGUGGCAAAGAAGCCGCAAACCGAGCCUUCGAAGGAUACGAAGACUCUGACGAAAAGCCCGAUAUGCAGAGCCUGCCGCGAUCUAUCAUGCCUCCCUUGAAGAAGAAGGGACACGUGACCCUUGACUUCUGCACUCCGGAAGGCAAGCUUGAGAGAUGGACCGUCACCAAGAGCCAGAGCAAACUCGCAUACCACGAUGCUCGCAAGUCACGAUGGGGCGACCUUUGGGCUCUCGGAGCCAAGACGCGUGUUCCACGUAACGCUCGUGUUGGCAAGGGACCCGACGACGGUGGUAAACGAGCCGGCCAAGGCAAGAAGCCCAGAAAGGUCGAGAUUGUCAUGGGACCUGGCGGAAUCAGUGCCAACGAGAAGAACGCCCCUCGUGAGCGCCGUGGAAAGAACAAGAUGGACAAGAAGAGCCGCCUUAUCAAGGAGAUUCUCGAGGCGGAGGAAGAGGAAGAGAGAAUAAUCGCCAAGCAGAUGGAUGAAGAAGUAGAGGCUGAACUGCAAGACGACUCUGCCAGGAGAGGUCGAUCAUAG